AUGAGCAGAAGAGACAAAACCAUUAUCCCUUUACUCCAUUCAAUGCAGAAUGAGAUACUUGCUUUGAAAUCAGGUCAAGAAGAUAUGAGAAGGGAAAUUAUUAAACUAAGGGAUGAAUUGGCCAACAGAGAGUUACUACCAGCCCAAAGUACUUCUUCAUCUGUCGAUACCAAAGUCGAGAUUAACCUCAAUACCAACACCAAUGACCGCGACGAUGACAAUGAGAAUAUAGUUCUAAAUAUUUCUAGUGGACCUAUCUGUAGACCUGUGUCAAAUAUCCGAGACAUCACUCUCAAACACGUCUACAGAAUGAUUAGCCAAGAUCUUGGCAUUGAAGUUACCAAAACAGAGAAAUCAACACUUCACAUCUGUACAAAGUUCAUAUGCAAUGAGAUGGCUGCACUUCCUUCUGUACAAGCACUUGGCUCUCGCCCCAGCUGGGGAUCUAUACCAAAAGAGGAUAAGGAGAUGUUUUGCAAUAGACAUGCAAGCAUGCUUAAAGAUGCUGGUAUGGACUUUACCAGGUGUCAUGGAAACUGGGCAUCUAUCGCAAGGGUUAGUCACCUCUGGAGAGACCGCCAAAGAAGAUCAUAA